AUGGCGGCGGCGCUGCUGCACGUCCUCGGCUCCUUCAGCAGCGCCGACCGGUGGGUGGGCAACACCAGCGGGCCUGGGACCACCGGCGGCUCCGGUAGCACCGGGGGUCCCAGGGUUAGUGGGGGUCCCGGAGUAACUGGGGGUCCCGGGGUUAGUGGGGGUCCCGGGGUAACUGGGGGUCCCGGGGUUAGUGGGGGUCCCGGGGUUAGUGGGGGUCCCGGGGUUAGUGGGGGUCUCAGGGGUCCCGGAGUAACUGGGGGUCCUGGAGUUACUGGGGGUCCCGGAGUAACUGGGGGUCCCGGGGUUGGUGGGGGUCGCAGGGGUCCCGGAGUUACUGGGGGUCCUGGAGUAACUGGGGGUCCCGGGGUUAGUGGGGGUCUCAGGGGUCCCGGAGUUACUGGGGGUCCUGGAGUAACUGGGGGUCCUGGAGUUAGUGGGGAUCCCGGAGUAACUGGGGGUCCUGGGGUUAGUGGGGGUCUCAGGGUUCCCGGAGUUACUGGGGGUCCUGGAGUUACUGGGGGUCCCGGGGUUAGCGGGGGUCCCGAGGCUCCGGGUAUCACCGGCGGGACCGGCCUCUACCCCGACUCCGGGCUGGGGUGGAUCCGGGCCGGCAGCAGCUGCCUGGUGCUGGGUCAGCGCUCAGUUGCCCGGACAUCGCUGCUGUUCCAGGCGGCGGCAGCGGCGGCCGAGCAGCAGGGAGGGCGUGUGCUAUUCCUGGCCCCUCGGCCCAUCCAGGCGCUGCCUGCCGCGCUGCUGCCUCUGGAGCCGCGCUGCCUGCGGCGGGUAGAGCUGGUGUACCCGCACUCAGUGCGGGACGUCCUGCACACCCUGGCCUCUCUGCACCAGAACCCCGGACCCCCACCUUCACUCCUGCUGCUCGACGGUGCCGACGAGAUGCUGGCGGGCGGCGGCGGGCGGGACGUGGCCGGUAAAGCGGCUCUCCUCGCCGCCCUGCUCCGGGACAGCGCCGCUUGGGCGACCCAGGCUCUGGGACCCUCCACACCGUGCCAGCUCAUUGUAGCCCUACAGACACAGGCUGAGAGGGAGAGCGCGGCAGACCUGGGCCUUCAGGUGAUGGAGCGAUACUUCCCAGUGAGGUGCAGGGUGAGCGAGCAGCAAAGUGCAGUGGCCGGUGCUCAGAGCUUCCGUGUUUCGUUCUCUGGACUGGAGAAGAGUGAAGCCGGAGAGACAAACGCCCCUCAUAUCCCGGACAACCAAACCUGGGAACUGCUCUGUGAUGCCGACAAUAUCUCACAUGUCCGUCGUGUAACAGUGGAAGAGAGGGGGGGUGAAGUGGCCCAGGGUACGUGGGGACCGCAGGAAGGAACAGGUGAAUGAGUUAUGGCCCACGUCAAAGACAAGAACAUUUAGGAACUGUGUAGAAAAGAACUGCAGAUGCUGGUUUAAACCGAUGAUCAGAAAGAAGGUCCCGAACCGAAACAUUGUCUGACCAUACCCUCCACAGACGCUGUCUGUCUGACUCGCUGAGACACUCCAGCGCUUUGUAUUCAGCUGCAAACCACAACACAAGAACUUAAUCUUCUGCUCUCUGUCAUUCUCAACUUUAAUUACAGACCUUGAGUUAACAGCUAUUUGUUUUACAAUUACUCUCCCACUGACAACUCUACCACAAGCCCAGUUUGCUAACACAGGCUCUGAAACCUUACUUUGGAGAUAAUUAAUUUGCUGUGAAGCCCACUGAUGUACCAUUCCUUUCUAAAACCAAUAUAGAUGGGGCAGGGAUGUGGCUCCCAAGGAGAGGUGAGUGAUCAUUGGUGGAUGGUCUGGUUUGGAAAUGUGAAUGACUAGGAUCAGAUUGGUCAACAUUUAGACCAAAUGGACACUAGAAACAUAAACAAUAUAUGCAGGCCAUUCAGCCCUUCGAGCCAGCACCGCCAUUCAAUGUGAUCAUGGCUGAUCAUCCAGAAUCAGUACCCCGUUCCUGCUUUCUCCCCAUAUCCCUUGAUUCUGUUAGUCCUUGAUGUAGGAAAUAUUCUGUAAUGCAGGCAUCAUUCUAGUAAAAUGUACGUUAACACAAGCGAGCCGGAGAAGGAACUGUCUACAAUGAAGAAACUGAAUGUAUCUAUGCCCCAGGGGAUCUCUACCUACUGUUGCCACAUGGACAGGCACAAGGCACACGCCGGGUCUAGUAUCAGUGGUCAAAGGCGCAGCUGUUCACAAAGGGGGAGAUCUUCACAAAUGGGGAGAUCUUCACAAAGGGGCAGAUCUUCACAAAGGGGCAGAUCUUCACAAAGGGGCAGAUCUUCACAAAUGGGGAGAUCUUCACAAAGGGGGAGAUCUUCACAAAUGGGGAGAUCUUCACAAAGGGGCAGAUCUUCACAAAGGGGCAGAUCUUCACAAAUGGGGAGAUCUUCACAAAGGAGACACUGGUUACUCUUCUCGUGAGGUUUAAAAGAAACCAAGUGAGUUUUGUUUUUCCAAUUGCAAGGAAGAGUUGUUUUUGAUGUUACUCGUUGACACAACAGUGGAAUAAAAACAGCUGUUUGUUCUUUUA